AUUUGUUUCUGUGGCGAGAUCGAGAAUCAGGGUCGCGGCUCCAGGGCAGUGCUACUUCUACUAUCACAGACUGUUUAGAAGACUUUUGAGAGGAUGGGUGAGAUGAAGGAUGUGAUCAUUGUAGGCGGAGGUCUAGGAGGGCUCAUCGCGGCUCAUCUCCUGCUGAAAGAGAGAAGUGGACUCAAAAUUCAAAUCCUAGAGGCAUCAGAUCGUGUUUGUGGUGCACUGAAGACUGUUGAGCUGGAGGCUGCCAAUGGAAAGGAUCACUUUGAUAUCGGGUCGUCCAGAGUUGGAAGUGCCCAGCCUCUGAUGAUAGCCUUACUCAAGGAGUUUGGAGUAGAGACAUACCCACAUUAUGACAAGGGAAGCAAGCACUGGCAGCUCCCUGACGGCAAGAUCAAGAAAUAUUCUGGAGCCAUUCCUCCGCUAGCCUACACUGCACUUGUGGAUCUCCUGAGAUACUUCAGAAAGAUGGACAAACUUGCAGAGAAGGUCAACUUCAAGGAUAUAGCUGCGACAGAGAACUGUUCUGAAUGGGAUGACACCACAAUGGAGCAGUUCAUUCCCAAGUUUCUAUGGACUCAGGGAGCGAAGGACAUGGCCUGUACAAUGAUCGGAACCUUCUGCGCGAUGCCUCCUGACCAGAUCACUGUUCUCCAGUACAUGUGCAUGAUCCACAGCUGUGGCAGCUGGGAGAAGCACAUAGGAGGAGAGGGCAUGGGACGCAUGGAUCUCAAAUUCAAGGGUGGUUGCCAGCAGCUGGGUGAAAGACUCCAGGAGAAGAUUGGUAGCGACAGGAUUGCAAUGGGUGAUGCUGUGAUGCGCAUCGAGCAGUCUGCUGACAAGACUAAGGCCACCGUUCACACCAAGUCAGGUCGCAUGUUGGAGACGAAGGUCGUCAUUAUGGCCAUCCCAAGCAGAGACAUUUGUAAGGUAGAGCUUGCCCCGCCCCUUGAUGUACCCCGUCAGCUUCCUUCUGGUGACUAUGGAGUGCACUUCAUCGUCACAUACAAGAAGAACUUCUGGAGAGACAAGAAGAUGGCAGGAGAGUUCCUGAGCGAGGCUGGAACGCUCGGAAGCUUCAAAGACGAGAGGCAGUAUCCUAUCAUUGCUUUCUUUGACCACACCUCAGCCAAUGGGAACCCAGCCCUCAUGGGUCUAUUUGCCGCUCCAAGCUUCGCCAAGAUGACCAGUGAUGAAAGGAAGCCCAUAGCCAUUGAUCUCUUAGCCAGUGUAUUAGGAGAUGAAGCAAGGGAAAUCAUUGAAUACAGAGAUGAGUCUUGGUGCCGAUCGGCAACUGGAGAGGAACCUGUUAAAAUGAAUGCUGGUCUGAAGACAUCCGAGGUGUUAGACUCUUUGACGAAAUCUCAUGGAUGUAUUCAUUUUGCUGGUGAGGAGACUGGAGCUGUGUGGCUAGGGAUGAUGGAAUCUACCGCAGAGGCGUCAACCAGAGUCGUCAAGGAAGUUCUUGCAGUCCUUUGAAAAUCAUUCCAUUAUCAUUCCAUUAUCAUUCCAAUGAUUGAAGCGAAGUCAUGUGAUGGUAACAUGACAAGCUCAUGGUAAUCACAUGGUAGUGACAUGGUAUUCGCAUGUUAGUGACAUGGUAUUCGCAUGUCAGUGACAUGGUAUUCGCAUGUUAGUGACAUGGUAUUCGCAUGUCAGUGACAUGGUAUUCGCAUGUUAGUGACAUGGUAUUCGCAUGUUAGUGACAUGGUAUUCGCAUGUCAGUGACAUGGUAAUCACAUGGUAGUGACAUGGUAUUCGCAUGUUAGUGACAUGGUAUUCGCAUGUCAGUGACAUGGUAUCCGUUUGGUAGUGCCAUGGUAAUCGCAUGGUAGUGACAUGGUAAUCGCAUGGUAGUGACAUGGUAAUCAGAUGGCAGUGCCAUGGUAAUCAGAUGAUAAUAAUGGCCACCACUUUCUCCACCACCAGAGAUUAUACUGAACAUUUUGUGUAAUUUUAUAUAUGUUUUGGUGGAUGAAUUUCAAUGUUGACUGAUUGUUCAAUCAACUAAUCCUACAGUACUUAUAGUAUUGACAUUGGUAUUAAAAAAAAAGAGAGAUGGUAUUAUGGGAUAGAAAAGGAGUGUAAUCCAAGCACACUUUCAUUUCUGAAACCAUGAAAGUGCCUGUGUGAUAACAGACUUGUUGAAGAACUGCCUUCGGUUGACACAAAUCUGUCAAGUUCAAAUGAAAUAGAAAUAUAUUGAAAGUGUGUGCUUUUGUAAUGAAUUUACAUGUACAAUGUAUGUAACCUUUUUUGAAAAAUAAUCCUUUAAAUUAUUAAACAAUGUAAUAAUUUUGUUGUUGGAGUA